CUCCCUCGGCCCGCCCCGACAAGUUUAUCUUGUGACUGCCGCCACUGCUUCUUCCUUCCUGGAGCUUGGAGCCUCCUAAUCCGCGAUGCGUUUCCUGGCGGUUGCGUUCCUGUUCCAGGCGUUCAUCGCCUCCGCCCUGGCCGAACGCGUGCAGUUCAAGGAUUGUGGUUCUGUGGUGGGAGUUAUAAAGGAAAUAAAUGUGAGCCCAUGUCCCACUCAGCCCUGCCAGCUAGACAAAGGACAGUCCUACAGUGUCAAUGUCACCUUCACCAGCAAUACUCAGUCUAAAAACAGCACAGCCUUGGUGCGUGGCAUCCUGUUUGGUGUCCCUGUCCCCUUUCCCAUUCCUGAGGCUGAUGGUUGUAAGAGUGGAAUCAGCUGCCCCAUCCAGAAAUACAAGACAUACAGCUACCUGAAUAAACUGCCAGUGAAGAAUGAAUACCCCUCGGUAAAACUGGUGGUGGAGUGGCUACUUCAGGAUGAAAAAAACAGAAAUUUCUUCUGCUGGAAAAUCCCAAUAGAGAUCAAAAAAUAGAGAUAUAUGAAGCCUAUAUGUCUGUGUAGGGGUUCUCGUCUCUUAAGUGCCUCACCAAGUCCAGUGCAUCUGGCCAAUAAGUUUGCUGACCCUUGACAGCACCUCUAGCCCCAUUGCUUCAACAGUAGUGACUUGUUUACCACUGGUAUCCAGAGAUUCAUUGCUGAGGGCAGAAUUUCAGCUCCUAAUGGCUGGUUCUCUGUGGAUGUCUUGUGUCUCUUUUUGUUAGGUGGUUUUCAUGAAAGGCAACUUGGUUAGCAGAUGUUUGAUUUUUUUUUUUUUAAACAAUAUUAACUUGUAUCCUCUCUCUGCCCUUGGAAAUGAACCUCUGAAUAAAUAAAAACUUGUCCGUUUUUCUUUCUGCA